UAUCAAGCUCUUGUAUACUAGCCAAUUCUAAAAUCCUCCUCUAAAUCUCUCUAAAAAUGCUAGCUAAACCACACCACAUUAUUUCUCCGAGUAUUUUCCGAACACCGGAAAAUUUCGUACCACCACAAAUAAUCCGAUACCGACCUAACGCCACGACAAUCCAACCUAUACCCAUUUCAUUUCCUGAUAAACGGGUUCCAAUCCAAGAAGUUAAUAAUGAAAAAAUGGUAGCAUUUUGGGACUACCAAUUUUUGUUCAUGUCACAAAGGUUGGAAGUACCAAAUCCUAUUAAACUUAAACUCAUUGAAGGUUCAAUUCCAAAAGACUUCCCUUCUGGUACAUACUUUCUAACCGGGCCGGGUCUUUUCAUUGACGAUUAUGGAUCAAAGAUCCACCCGCUUGAUGGUCAUGGGUAUUUAAGGGCCUUUGAAAUUGAUGGGCCAAAUGGAGAAGUGAGAUUCUCAGCAAAGUAUGUAAAAACUAAGGCCCAAAUGGAAGAAUGUGAUCCAAUAAGUGGGUCUUGGAAGUUUACUCAUAGAGGCCCAUUUUCUGUGUUGAAAGGUAAAAUGAUUGCAAAUACAAAGGUGAUGAAAAAUGUGGCAAAUACUAGCAUCUUAAAAUGGGGUGGACGUUUGUUUUGCUUGUGGGAAGGUGGAACUCCAUAUGAGAUUAAUCCUAAGACGUUGGAUACAAUUGGAAGUCUCAAUUUUAUCAAUGAUGAUGAUGAAGUUUAUGAAGCUCGUGUAGAUCAAUCUCAUGCUUGGGAUGUUGUUGCCCGUAUAUUGAAGCCUAUACUCCAUGGGAUUUUCAAGAUGCCAUCUAGACGGUUAUUAUCUCACUACAAGAUUGACGCUCAAAGAAAACGACUAAUAGUUAUGGCAUGUAACGCGGAGGACAUGGUACUUCCUAGAAGUCAUUACACUUUCUAUGAGUUCGAUAUAAAUUUCAAAUUACUGCAGAAGAAAGAGUUCAACAUAUCUGGCCAUUCGAUGAUUCAUGAUUGGGCAUUUACGGAUAACCAUUACAUAUUAUUCACUAAUCAUGUGAAAUUGGACAUUUUAGGAUCAAUGGCAGCCAUCACUGGACAAGCACCCAUGAUUUCGGCGCUUUCAGUGAACCAUAGCAAGACAACGUCUUCCAUUUACAUUCUCCCUCGAUUUUCCAACACCACGGCCUCCAACUGCGACACUGAUGAAUACUGGAGAAAACCUAUAGAAGCUCCACAAUUAUGGCUACUACAUGUUGCUAAUGCAUUCGAAAACAUCGACGAUGAUGGAAACGUUACUUUUCAAAUACACGCUACCGCUUGUGCUUAUAAGUGGUUCAACUUUCAGAAAAUGUUUGGGUACAAUUGGCAAAAUGACAAAUUAGACCCUUCAAUGAUGAACUGCAAAGAAGGGAAGGAGCAACGUUUACCUCAUCUCGUUGAGGUGACAAUCAAACUAGACAGGACAAAAAAGCUUCGAGAAUGUACCGUGACACGUUUAAAUAAACGUGCAAAAUCAUCGGAUUUCCCAGUAAUAAAUCCAGAAUGUAGUGGUUAUAAACAUAGAUAUGUGUAUGCAGCAGCUUCUUGUGGUUCACAUCAAACAUUAUCACAUUUUCCGUUUGACACAUUACUUAAACUUGAUCAUUUAACUAAAAAAGUAUUUACAUGGUCUCCUGGUAGUCGUCGAUUUGUAGGAGAGCCUAUGUUUGUCAACAAAGGAUCGUUUGGUGAAGACGAUGGAUAUCUUCUAGUGGUAGAGUAUGUUGUCUCACGGCGAAUGUGUAAUCUGGUGAUCUUGGAUUCUAAACGGAUUGUUGAGGCAAGAGCAGUUAUUGCAAGAUUUGAAGUGCCAAAGUCGUUGACUUUUCCUUUAGGUUUUCAUGGGACUUGGACUCCAAAAGAAUAACACCGUACACUUUUUAGUUUUACUUGCUUACUUUUUUUUGGUAAGUUUAUAUAGGAGGGUUUCUGUCUUUCUCACCAUAUUGGCAUAUUACAUGUUUUUGGCUCAUUACUGGUUAGCUCAUGUAAUUAUUGUAAGUGUUAAUGAGUAUAUGAUUUAUUGAAUUAUGAUUUUGAAAGUCUUAUUUGACAUGGUUCCAAUCUCUAUUAA